AUGUUUAUUGUCGCCUUACCAGCCAUUUUCGUCGUGGUCACUCUGACCUUCGGUGUAUUUUACGUACUCGUAGACUACAUCCGUAUCUUGCGGCUCAGACAACGAAUGGCACCUGGGCCGUUCCCGCUACCGCUUUUUGGCAACAUCUUCCACAUCCCAAGCAGCAGACAGUGGAAGAAGUUUGAAGAAUGGUCGCUGAAGUAUCAAUCUCCCAUCAUUACAAUCUGGGAUGGACACACCCCGGUUGUCAUUUGUAACGAUGCUUGGUCUAUGUCUGACCUCUGCGACAAGCGGGCAAACAUCUUCUCAUCUAGACCUGUAAAGACACUUACCGGAAAGAUCUUUGGCCUCAACAAGUUCAAUCAAGCGGGACUUGCAUAUGGUGAGCAGUGGCGUGUACACCGUCGCUUGACUCACUCUGCUGCCAACGCCCAGGUGGUCCAGGCAUAUCACAACUUCGCCAAGAGACUACUGAAAGAGAAGGAGGAACAUGGCCUCAGUAAAGUCGAAAUUUCCAACCUCACAGGCAACUUCAUCGGCGCCGGGGUUGACACUACCACUAGCACCAUGCUGACUUUUGUUCUGGCUAUGUGUUUGAAUCAAGACGUUCAAAGCAAGGCGCACGAGGAAAUCGAUCGCAUCGUCGGCCGCGAUCGUUAUCCCGACUGGUCCGACGAAGACAGUCUCACGUAUUUGGCGGCAGUCAUCAACGAAACACUCAGAUGGCGGCCUGCAUUUGCUCUUGGCGGGCCUCCCCAUGCACCCACCGAAGAUGAAAUCUACAACGGAUUCUUCUUUCCGAGGGGAACAUCGAUCAUCGGAAAUCUCUACGCCAUGCACCGAAACCCGCGGGAAUUCCCCCAACCGCAUCGAUUCUGGCCGGAACGUUUUAUGGAAAGUUUUGAUGGGCCAGCAUAUCCUAACAAACGUGGACACAAUACCUUUGGAUGGGGACGUCGAGUCUGCAGCGGUGAAGCAUUGGCCCAACAAAGCUUGUACUUCACCAUUGUCUCUCUUCUCUGGGCUUUCGAGAUCCGUCCGGGUGUAGACGAAAAGGGCAACGAAGUCGUUUUGGACCCAGAUGCGUACACUGUGUCUCAGGUCAACCGUCCACUGCCUUUCAAAGUUCGCUUUCUGGCUCGAUCCGAGACGAUUGCAACUUUGGUGAGAACUGGUGCGCAAGAGGCGCGCACGCAACUGCGAGCGUAUGACGCAAUUACCAACGUCACGUUUGAGAGUGCGCAGUCUGUCUCCCUUGACAUGCCCAUCGCGCAGGCAGAGAAGGGUUCAAUCGUUUAG